AAACACGUGAAUCACAAUAAACAAACAAUCAAAUUCAAGACAAUGGAACCGAUCAAACUACACACUCUCAACAGCGAUAUCCUAUGCGAUAUUAUACUUUCUUGCUCUACUCUCUCAGAUUUAUAUAACCUCAUCCGCACCCACCCCAGACUCUACCGCUCCUUCAAUGACCGUCGCCGUCUAAUCCUCAAAACCGUCUUCCGAACGCAGCACCAAGAUGCUGAUAUCGGCGGUAAAGGCUGGGAAAGCCGAAGAUAUCAAGACGGCGUCGACCUCUAUCUCAAGAAACUCAAGUGCAAAAACCCCAUUGACCAAGUUGCGUUACGAGAGGCGCUAUGGCCGCAGUAUCAACGCACCAUACCGUCGGAACGAUCAUUCAAGUGGGCAGCUUCCCUCCUAUCAUGGUACCAAAAAACCGGCCUCCACCAAGACGCCCUCUCCCUCGCCGACAAAGCCCUCAAAAAGACGAUCCGCAAACCCACCUACGCCACCUUUGAAACCCAAGAAUUCCUAAAGACAGUCGCCACCCUCUACGCAUCUUGGAACCGCAUCCCAGAACUCACCCGCCUCCUCCAAUCUACCAUCAACCGCCUGCAGCCCAACUCCCGCAACCAAAUCUCCUGGAUCAAGCAACUCGCAACCGUCUACCGCAACGCGCAAGACCACAGCGACGGCCCCACCGCUUCUACAUACGCAGAACAGCGCCUCGAACUCCUCCGCGUCACCUGGGAAACAUGCAGUCAGGCCCUCGGGCCGGGCAACGAAGACGCAAAGUACUUUGCGCGCGAACUCACAUCCGAAUACCGCGCCCGCGGCGACGACGGCGCCAUCACGCCAAUCUACCUCGCCGUCCGCGACGCCAUGGCCCGCGGAUCCCCAGAGUAUCUAGCCUGGUCGCGCUUCGUCAUCCAGCAGCACCGCAAGAACGCCGACGAUGCAGCUGUCCUUCGCGUCCUCGAGGAGGUCUGGCUCACGGUCCGCAAUGGCGUCAAAGGGUAUAGGGUGUGGGCUGAUGAGCUGAGCAGGCAAUACGAGGCGAUGGGCAGGUGGGAGGAUGCGCUUGGUGUUUGGGAGUUUGUGUGGAGCGGUGUCGAGGUGAAGUUGAAGAGGCGGUUCGAUAAUCAGGCUUCCAAGUAUGAUGGCAAGGGGACUGCGUUGAUGUUGAUCAAGUUGUAUCGCAGGUAUGGGAAGAUGGAUGAGGCGAGGAAGGUCGAGGAUACGUGUGAAGCGUAUGGAGUUGGUUUGUGGUGAGCUAGGUUUGGAGUAUGUUGCUUGUGGGAUGGGAUGGGUUGGUUAAAUUGCAGUAUGCCGCUCGAGAGCAUGUAGUCUACAAUUGCUGAAUGACAAUCUCGCGAGAAGAAGAUUAGUAUGCAACAGUGACAUGUACAAGAAAAUUGAAGCUCUACGAAUUCAAAAUCGAAAGCUAACACUCCACCUCCAUAACCCUGACCACACAACUUCACUGCUUGCUGCUCUGCUCAC